AAGUUGCAGAGUUUGAAAACUAAUUUUGUAGGGACAAUCAUGUGCAACUGUUUACUCUCCCCCCGUUCAUAUUCUGUAGUUGACUUCAUUUGAUUUAUAGUUUACUUCAUUUUAUUUUUUGAAGUUUACUCCUAUCACCAUCUCAUUUCUGUUUCUCCCUUUAAGCCAACCAAUUGAGUCCUCCUCCUCUUAUCAUUUUUCAUUCUCAGACAGCUGCCUGAAUCUCUUUGUCUACCAAUCUUCAACUUCUUCAAGCCGUGUUAUUUCCUUGUCUUCUUGUCGCUUCUCUCAUUGCCUUUUUUCUAGCAAACUUUGGGGAAGGGUAGGGCCUAUGGCCAACCCUUCCCCAGGCCCUACCCUUCCCGUUGUGAGAGCGUUGAGAGAGAUAGCGAAGACGUUGGGGAAGACAGACUGGGAUUUCAGAAUAGAUCCAUGCAGUGGACAGUCAGGAUGGGCUACACCAAAUGCAACGAAAGGUUUUGAGAAUGCUGUUAACUGUUCCAACGACACCAUCCCUCAUGUUGUUAGCAUAGAGCUUAAAGCACAGAGUCUCCAGGGCACUCUCCCACCAGAGUUGGUCAGGCUCCCUUACCUUCAAGUAAUUGACCUUAGUCGCAACUACCUCAGUGGUACCAUCCCUCCAGAAUGGGGUUCCAUGAAGCUUCUCAACAUCUCUCUUCUUGGAAAUCGCUUAACGGGUCCGAUCCCCAAAGAGAUAGGAAACAUAAGCACUCUUAUCGAAUUGAAUGUUGAGAUUAAUCAACUGUCAGGAGCUUUGCCGUCGGAGCUUGGGAACCUAACUAGCAUUGAGAGACUUCUUCUUGCCUCCAACAACUUUACUGGAGAAUUGCCUGCAACAUUUUCUAGGCUAACUUCAUUGAAGGACUUUCGGAUUGGUGACAAUCGCUUCACGGGAAAGAUACCAAGUCUCAUUCAGAAUUGGACAGAGCUUAACAAAUUAGUUAUUCAGGCAAGCGGCUUCAUGGGGCCAAUUCCUUCUAGCAUAAGUGCUUUAGAAAAGCUAACUGACUUGAGAAUUAGUGAUUUAAGUGGAAGUGAUCAAGCAACCUUUCCAAAACUUAGUAGGAAGCUGAAUAUGAGCAGGCUGAUACUGAGGAAUUGCAAUAUCUUCGGAAAGUUACCUGAUUAUUUGGGGCAAAUGACAUCUUUGAAGUUUUUAGAUCUUAGCUUCAACAAACUCAGUGGAGAAAUACCAAGCAGCUAUUAUGGUCUUGUGGACAUUGAUUUCAUGUAUUUAACUGGAAAUUUGCUUUCUGGAACAAUUCCUCCUUGGAUACUGGAAAAAGGAGACAAUAUUGAUCUUUCAUAUAACAACUUCAACUUCACAGCUGGAAGCCCAGGGGCAACAAGUUGUCAACAAAAGAGUGUGAAUUUGUUUGCAAGCUCAUCAGGGGCCACUAAUUCUAUCAGAGGUGACAUUUCAUGCUUGGGAAGCGUCUCUAAAUGUCAAAAAAAAAGGUAUUCUCUCUAUAUUAAUUGUGGUGGAAGAGAAGUAACUGUCAAGGGAACCAAAUAUGAAGAUGAUAGAGAUGAAGCAGGACCUUCGAAAUUUGUUGAAGGAAGCAGCAAUUGGGCAAUCAGCAACACUGGUAACUUCUUGGAUGAUGACAAAAAUCCAGACAAUUUUAUCGCUACAAGCAAAUCUAAACUUUCUGUGAAAGAUUCAGAGCUGUACAUGAAUGCACACCUUUCGGCUAUCUCUUUAACUUAUUAUGGAUUUUGUAUGGAGGAUGGAAACUACACAGUAAAUCUCCAUUUUGCCGAGAUAAUGUUCACUGAUGAUAAGACAUACAGCAGCUUGGGGAGGCGCAUAUUUGAUAUUUACAUUCAGGGAAAGCUGGUCAAAGAGGAUUUCAACAUUGCGGCUGAAGCUGGUGGGGUUGGCAAGGCCAUCAUAAAACCAUUUCCUGCAGUUGUGAUCAAUGGUACCUUGGAGAUUCGUUUAUAUUGGGCUGGAAAAGGAACAACGGCCAUUCCUGAUAGAGGAGUUUAUGGUCCUCUUAUAUCAGCUAUAUCUGUGAAUCCUAAUUUUACACCUCCUUCUGAGGGCGGUACUAGUCUAUCUAUAGGAAUGGUGGUUGGAAUUGUGGUUGGAGCAACAUCUACUAUUUUUCUUAUCAUCGGUAUCCUUAGGUGGAAAUGCUACAGAAGACAGAAAAACACAUUAGAACAAGAUCUAAAAGGUAUGAACUUGCAAACUGGUUCUUUUACUUUAAGGCAGCUAAAAGCCGCCACCAACAACUUUGAUCCUGCUAAUAAGAUUGGAGAAGGUGGUUUUGGUCCUGUCUACAAGGGUCAUUUGAUGGAUGGUAAAGUUAUUGCUGUCAAGCAGCUAUCUUCUAAAUCAAAACAAGGAAAUCGUGAGUUUGUGAAUGAAAUUGGUAUGAUCUCUGCUUUGCAACAUCCUCAUCUAGUAAAGCUAUAUGGAUGUUGUAUUGAAGGAAAUCAACUCUUGCUAAUAUACGAGUACAUGGAGAACAACAGCCUUGCUCGUGCAUUGUUUGGCCCAGAAGAAUGCCAGAUGAUAUUAGAUUGGCCAACAAGACAAAAGAUUUGCAUUGGUAUAGCAAGAGGUUUGACUUAUCUCCAUGAAGAAUCAAGGUUGAAGAUUGUGCACCGAGAUAUCAAAGCUACCAAUGUAUUGCUUGAUAAGGAUCUAAAUCCUAAAAUUUCUGACUUUGGUCUGGCUAAGCUUGAUGAAGAGGAUAAUACCCAUAUCAGUACCCGAGUUGCUGGAACUUUUGGCUAUAUGGCUCCCGAAUAUGCAAUGCGGGGAUACUUAACUGACAAAGUAGAUGUUUAUAGUUUUGGAAUUGUGGCCUUGGAAAUUGUUAGUGGAAGGAGUAACACAAGUUCUCGGACAAAGGAAGAUAGUUUCUAUCUUCUUGAUUGGGCUCUUCUUCUGAAGGAGAAAGGAAGCUUAUUUGAGUUAGUUGACCCAAGACUGGGAUCUGACUAUAACAAAACGGAGGUAAUGAAAAUGAUAAAUGUGGCACUAUCAUGCACUAACCCUGCUCCAGCUGCUAGGCCAACCAUGUCUUCCGUGGUGAGCAUGCUUGAAGGGAAGGUUGCUGUCGUGGGGUUGGGUUUGGAUUCUAGCAUGUCUAUUGAAUCGAUGAGGAAGUUCUAUCAGAAUCUUGAAGAAGGAAAUAUUCAUGAGAAAAAGUCACACAGUAUGUCAAUGGAAUCUUUGCCAUUUAUCUCCUCUUCAUCAUCUGUAGCUGACCUCUAUCCACCCCGCUUGAACUCAUCUUAUUGGCAAAAGAGAGACUAAAAAGGAAAAACUCUGCAAAUCAUCUUGAUUUUGGCCACGAGAACAUUUCUUAAUUGGAAAUUCUAUAGUUCUUAUUAUAAUUUUUCUUUUUGCAAUUAGACUGUAAGAGCCUCUAGAACAAAUAUUUGUUAAAGCAAGUUUGUGUUUUAAAUUUUGGAUCACUAUUGUAAUAGUUUUUACCUGUUAAAGAAAUUUGUAUUUUUAAU